AGCCCACAGAAAUCGAAGCUAGCCCGAAUAAACAACUAAGUUAGCUUGUCAGCUAGUUAGCAACUUCUGAAAUGGCGUCGUUAACGGCGACAGAAACAGCGAUAUGCCCGGGUGCAAUACCGGCAGCAGAGUCCAUAGUGCCAGCUUGUAUGUUCGCACCGGACCGAGGAUGUGCCGACGAUCCAUCCCACGGAGAGGGCUUUGAAGACGGCGAGGGCACAAACGGCGAGUCCGCGGAUCAUUUAGAUUUAAGCAGCAAGCUGGUCCUAGUGAGUCCAACAGCGCAACAGUAUGAUUCAUUACUACGACACCUGAGGGAGCAGAUAGAUGAGGGCUGUGGAGAGACAAUCUAUGUUGUUGGGAUGGGCUCAGAUGGAGGUGACUAUGGUCUGGAUGAGAAGGACAUGGAGGCGUCUGUAGCCACAGUGCAGUCGCUGUGUGAACAGAUCGAAGCUGACCUAAUCUUGCUGAGAGAGAGGGCAGACACUGGUGGAAAGAUUCGGGACUACCUCAUCCGCCGGCGUGUUGGUGAGCAGGAUUUCCUGGAAGUCAGAGUGGCGGUGGUAGGGAACGUGGACGCGGGGAAGAGCACUCUGCUGGGGGUCUUGACCCAUGGUGAGCUGGACAAUGGCAGAGGCUUUGCUCGCCAGAAGCUCUUUAGACACAAACAUGAAAUGGAGAGUGGCAGGACCAGCAGUGUGGGCAAUGAUAUCCUGGGUUUUGACCAGGAGGGACAGGUGGUGAACAAGCCAGACAGCCACGGUGGCGGCCUAGACUGGACCAAGAUCUGUGAGAAAUCCUCAAAAGUCAUCACCUUCAUCGACCUGGCUGGUCAUGAGAAGUACCUCAAGACUACUGUCUUUGGCAUGACAGGACACCUGCCUGACUUUUGCAUGCUCAUGGUUGGCAGUAACGCCGGCAUCGUUGGCAUGACGAAAGAGCAUCUGGGUCUGGCUCUGGCCCUCAAUGUGCCAGUGUUUGUAGUGGUUACCAAGAUAGACAUGUGUCCAGCCAACAUCCUGCAAGAGACGCUAAAAUUAUUGCAGAGGUUAUUAAAGUCACCAGGCUGCAGGAAAAUCCCCGUGCUGGUCCAGAACAAGGAUGAUGUCAUCGUCACAGCCUCCAACUUCAGCUCUGAGAGGAUGUGUCCAAUUUUUCAGAUAUCAAAUGUGACGGGGGAGAACAUGGACCUGCUGAAGAUGUUCCUCAACCUCCUCUCCUCUAGGACCAACUUCAGCAACGAUGAGCCUGCUGAGUUCCAGAUAGACGACACAUACUCAGUACCGGGUGUGGGCACAGUAGUUUCAGGGACUACGUUACGUGGAAUGAUUCGACUCAACGACACGCUGCUCUUAGGCCCGGACCCACUGGGCACCUUUAUCCCCAUCGCUGUUAAAUCCAUCCACCGCAAGAGGAUGCCUGUCAAAGAGGUUCGCGGUGGACAGACGGCGUCCUUUGCCCUCAAAAAGAUCAAACGGUCAUCUAUAAGGAAAGGCAUGGUGAUGGUUUCCCCGAAGUUGAUGCCACAGGCCACCUGGGAGUUUGAGGCUGAGAUUUUGGUCCUACACCACCCCACCACGAUAUCCCCAAGAUACCAGGCCAUGGUGCACUGUGGCAGCAUCAGGCAGACAGCCACCAUCCUGUCCAUGAACAAAGACUGUCUGCGGACAGGGGACAAGGCCACAGUCCACUUCCGCUUCAUUAAGACUCCCGAGUACCUGCACUGUGACCACAAACUGGUGUUUAGGGAAGGACGCACCAAAGCUGUGGGCACCAUCACCAAGCUUCUCCAAGCAGUGAACACCCAGGCAGCUAAGGCCCAGCAGUCCAAGAUGCAGGCCAGUAAGAAGAGUUUUAAGGAUGGCACAGCAGCCAGCGAGGACGGUGGAUCAUCGGCACGGCCGCCUAGUCCGAACACAGCACAGCUACCAACAGUGGCAGAGGAGGAGGCUCUAUGUAAAGACGGCAACAAAGAGAACAAGCUCAAGUCGGGAGGUGGAGGACGCAGGAGAGGUGGUCAGAGACAUCGAGGGAAAGGCCCGAACGCUGCAACAAUCACUACAGCAGUGCCUGCAGGAGCAGCAGGCACAGCCUAAAAACACAACCUAUCAUCUCUCCUCAUCUCCUUUACACGGCGGGGAAAGUGACUGCAUGGCCCUCAGGUGGCUGCGUUCAAAGACUGAAUACAUGUGUUUCUAAUAUAAAACAACAAUUUGACAAAUUUCAUCAUGAGAGUGAAUAAUUUUCCACAUUGAGUCAAUUGAAAGCUUUAUUCGUGGGCUGCUGAGGAUGGUAACAAGGUGUUAUUUAGUUUGGGUUUUACUGCAGUUAUCGGCAAUUUGUAGAUUACAUUAUAUAACCUUUUCUGUUUUAAUACAUUUUGGGGGUGUACAUCGUGUUUGUAGUUCAUCAGAACUUCUUUUAUAGCAUUAACUGUUUUUCCCAGCCAGCAGAGGCAUCAGUCACUUCCCCUGCCUAAACUGUCUCCACCCUCCAUCAACAUUUUUUUCAGUUGCUCAUUUUCUUUUCCCCAUUCUUCAUCCUGUGUUCAACUCCACCUAACUUUCAUUAAUGCAUCUUUUUUGGACGGCACCAGAGUUGGAGUCUACCUGAGGAAGUAGACUCUGUUCAGUAGUUAAAAACAGUGUUUUCUUUGACAAAGCUUCUUGUCAUUGAAACUGGCAGUUUGAAUUCAUGUUGGGAAUUGACUGAACUGAAAGGGAAUUGAUGCCAACAUUAGGUGUAUUCAUGUCCGUGACACAAAGCAGGAAAGAAAAGAAGUCUCACCAGCCAGAUGCUUGUUAAAUUUUGUAGUUCUGAUGUUUGUUUACCCUGCCAUUCUCUUGGGUGGUAGCUAAAAUUGUCCUUUGUAAAUUACUGUCUGAAGAUUUGCUUUCCUGGUGUGACAGUGCCGGGGUUUGGCAAAUUUUGUUGCCAGGCGACAGAGAAGUUAUUGUCCUAUCCUGGACCGCUAUAAUGCACUGUUCACCCUUUGUGAAACAUUUCGUCGUAGAUAAAGAGCAAAACAGUCUCUUAUCCAUUUUUAUCUUACAUGGCCCACUUUUAAUCCUGCCAUAGAAAGAUCAUUGUGUCAUCAUCCCUUUCUUUUUGAGCCAAUGUCAGCACUUUUACUAGAUCAAGUUCAUGCAGCCAGAAAAUAAGCCAGACAUGCUUUUUUCCCCCAAAGUAAUGUCAAGUGUCAAAGUGGCUUUGUCUUGUGUUAAAAGAAUAUUUCUAAAAAGCAAAAUGACCAUUUGUGUAUCAUAAAUUCGUGAAGAAAACUUUGUUUUUCCCCCAUGCCUCCAGGGUGAAUGGAGAAUCCAAAAAAAGAACAUUGCUCAUGAGUUGAGGUCAUUGGGAACCAACAACAGCAAAACUAUAUCAAAACAUCUGUUUACAAACUCCCACACAACUCGUGCAGUAAAAUCCAAGUUUCAUAGAUCCAGCCGUAUGCUCAGUACAUGCCAGACACGUGGCCUGAGCAUACAAGUGCGUAUGAGCUUGGCUUCAGCAGAGUUCAGACACAUGCACAUACCCGGGUGUGCUACACUAAUGUGCGUGAGACAGUUUGUACUGAUGUGUUUUAACUCGUGACAUUUUAGUGUAAAUAGCUGUGUUGGGGAAAUACUGAGCAUAUGACUGGAUUAAUGAGACUUUGAUUAUACUGCACGACUUGUGUGAGAGUUUGUAAAGAGAAGUUUUGAUAUUGUUUUGCUGUUGUUAAAUGAUGAAGAAGGUUCGCCUUUUUGCAUGCCUCCAUUAACCAUGGAGGCAUGCAAAAUACAAAGUUUCUUCUCAAAUUCAAGAUUACGUGAUAAUUUGAAUACGAAUGGUCAUUUAACAGGUGAAGAAUUCCUUAAAUAUGGCGCAAGUCCUUGUGAAGUAUAAGCACAAUUUCCUUCCAUUUUGAUGCAGUCAGAUUCUGAGCACCAAAAAUCCAGAAGCUGAUACUCUCAUGCACAGAAAUUACUCAUUCAGUAGUGGUGUUUCGCACCUUAAAUGUCAAAAAGCCAAGUAAGAACAUAUUUAAUUCAGUAGAAAUUAUGCCACUGUGACUUGACUCUCUGCACAUUAUCUCUUUGUACUCUGUAUGAAUCAGAAUGUGGCUGCCAAACACGUGUUUCAAAGCCUCAAGGGUCAAUUCCAAAUGUGUCUGACACAGGAAGUCAGUGUUUUUAUGUGACCUGAGAUAAAAUCUUUUUUGGAUCAGUGGCACCAAUAAUUACAGGUAUUUUAUACGAUUCAGUUCGGACUCUGUAGUAGUCAAUCCGCCAGAUAAACCUAUGUGACAGGAAGUGUGUGAUGUUUUUGUUAAGGUUCUAAACACACCGGUCAAUAGCAAAGUUAUUGCCAAGCAUCUCAGACUGUCUCUGAUAAGCUAACACUGAUCGACCAUUGAUCACCUUGAACUAACUAAAAACUAAGUAGAGUUGCCACGUGUUUUAUCAAGUUGUUGGAUGGUCCUCUUCUUAGCUCAGAGUUUAUAUUGAGCAGGUAGUUUUUGGGUGUCUCAAUUUAAGGGCUGUUUUGUCUCCCCAAAUCCCCAAUGUCCCCUUUCAUAUCUAUACUGAUUUCAUGCUGGUCAGUCUUGUCUGGGUCUUUUGGGACACUUAAUUUCCUAUUUCAUGAAGAUCACAAACGUACUGAACUGCCAGAAUGUUAGACCUUACCAAUUCUUUUGAAGGGACACAUUUUGUGUUUGCGUAUGUUCCAAAACACAAUGUUGUGCAGAAGAACUAAGGAUAAAAAAGAUGCCAUUUAAAUUAAGUGGUGCCAGUUUGUGUUGUAAAUCCUUUUAAAUAAAGAUGUUAUAGAAAACUGA